UUUGCGCCUCCCCGGGGCUGCCUGGGCGCAGCGAGCCGGGUUAGGGCGGCCUGAGCCCCGAACGCAGCCGCGAGAGCCCCCGGACCCUUCCCCGCGUGGAGCCCCCCGAGGACGCGGAGAGCCGCCGCCGCCCACCUGCCAUGCCCGCCCCUCCCAGCCCCGCCGGGGGCCCUAGCCGCGCGCGCCCGGGUGACUGCUGAGCCCGGACGCCGCUGCCUCCAUGUAGCGGCGCGGGGCGCCGGCUCGCCGCCUUCCCUCCGUCUCCUGCGGAUUCCUGCCGCGCGCUCGCCGCAGCCGGGACCCCGGGACCGGCGGAGGGGCCCGCAGGCUCUGGAGUCUGGAUGCCUCGGAGCUCACUUUUCUGAGGGGCCGCCGCUACCAGCGCCCGGAGUUGGGGGGUAGGCAGCAGCUGGGACCGACGUGGGCCGGAGCGACAGCCCAGCGGGCCUGCAGGCCAGGCCACCAUGGCUCCGGCCCUGCCCUGGCUCCUGCUGUGGGUGGGCUCGGGAGUGCUGCCCACCCACUGCACCCCACAUGGCAUUCGGCUGCCUCUGCGGAGCGGACUAGGGGGCUCCCCCCUGGGGCUCCGGCUGCCCCGGGGCACCGAUGAGGAGCUGGAGGAGCCCAGCCAGAGGGGCAGCUUUGUGGAGAUGGUGGACAACCUAAGGGGCAAGUCGGGCCAGGGCUACUACGUGGAGAUGACGGUGGGCAGCCCCCCGCAGACGCUCAACAUCCUGGUGGACACAGGCAGCAGUAACUUUGCAGUGGGGGCUGCCCCCCACCCUUUCCUGCAUCGCUACUACCAGAGACAUCUAUCCAGUACAUACCGAGAUCUACGGAAGGGCGUGUAUGUGCCCUACACCCAGGGCAAGUGGGAAGGGGAACUGGGCACCGACCUGGUGAGCAUCCCCCACGGCCCCAACGUCACCGUGCGUGCCAACAUUGCUGCCAUCACGGAAUCAGACAAGUUCUUCAUCAAUGGUUCCAACUGGGAAGGCAUUCUGGGGCUGGCCUAUGCGGAGAUUGCCAGGCCCGAUGACUCCCUGGAGCCCUUCUUUGACUCCCUGGUUAAGCAGACGCACGUUCCCAACCUCUUCUCCUUGCAGCUCUGUGGUGCUGGCUUCCCCCUCAACCAGUCAGAGGCGCUGGCCUCGGUUGGAGGGAGCAUGAUCAUUGGAGGUAUCGACCACUCUCUGUACACCGGCAGUCUCUGGUACACACCCAUCCGGCGGGAGUGGUAUUAUGAGGUGAUCAUUGUGAAGGUGGAAAUCAAUGGACAAGACCUGAAAAUGGACUGCAAGGAGUACAACUACGACAAGAGCAUCGUGGACAGCGGCACCACCAACCUUCGCCUGCCCAAGAAAGUGUUUGAAGCUGCAGUAAAAUCCAUCAAGGCAGCCUCCUCGACAGAGAAGUUCCCGGACGGUUUCUGGCUUGGGGAGCAGCUGGUGUGCUGGCAAGCAGGCACCACCCCCUGGAACAUUUUCCCAGUCAUCUCUCUCUACCUAAUGGGGGAGGCCACCAAUCAGUCCUUCCGCAUCACCAUCCUUCCCCAGCAAUACCUGCGGCCAGUGGAAGAUGUGGCCACAUCCCAAGACGACUGUUACAAGUUUGCCAUCUCACAGUCGUCCACGGGCACUGUUAUGGGAGCAGUCAUCAUGGAGGGCUUCUACGUCGUCUUUGAUCGGGCUCGAAAGCGGAUUGGCUUUGCUGUCAGUGCCUGCCAUGUGCACGACGAGUUCAGGACAGCUGCAGUAGAAGGCCCUUUUGUCACGCCAGAUAUGGAAGACUGUGGCUACAACAUUCCACAGACAGAUGAGUCCACCCUCAUGACCAUAGCCUAUGUUAUGGCUGCCAUCUGCGCCCUCUUCAUGCUGCCACUGUGCCUCAUGGUAUGUCAGUGGCGCUGCCUCCGCUGCCUGCGCCAUCAGCAUGAUGACUUUGCUGAUGACAUCUCUCUGCUGAAGUGAAGGGGUCCAUGGGCAGAAGAUGGACAUUCAACUGGACCACAUCUGGGUGGUUUGCUCUGGUCACAAGUGGGAGGCACUGCUGGCACCCGUGGCCAGGGCAGCUCAGGACCCUCAUCCACCUAACAGACGCCUCUUCCUUGACAGAAAAGGAAAAGGGAAAGCCGGCGAUGUGGGUUACAGGCUUUGCACCGGUGACACAGGAGAGGGGAGAAAGACGUGCUCUGGUGGUGAGAAUACUCUUGGUCACUCAAACGCGAGUUGGGACAUUCUGCUGCUUGAAACGUCAUCCCUCAAUCUUUGCCCACCAUCCCUGUAGAGUUUCCAGCCCAAAGUAUUCUUUUCUUAGUUCCAGGUCCUGGCAUCAUAUCCAGGUUACCCCAGCGUGUGUCUCUGUGUAUUUUGGCAGAGAAAGGGCCAAUCUUGUUUCUCUGCUGGCCAAAGUCAGUAGGGGAGAACACACAGUUUGCUGUUUGCUUUAGAGUCUGCAUACAUAAGCAUAACAUUGGUGCAAGGAUUGCCUCUUAAAUUAAA